GAAGGAGGCUGCGGCGGCGGCGGCGGCGGCGGCAGCCCGGACGGCGGAGAACGCGGACGAUGGCAGACUUUCUGAAAGGCUUGCCCGUCUACAACAAGAGCAACUUCAGCAGGUUCCAUGCAGACUCCGUGUGCAAGGCCUCGAACCGCCGUCCCUCCGUGUACCUGCCGACCCGAGAGUACCCAUCAGAACAGAUCAUUGUGACAGAAAAGACAAACAUCCUCCUGCGGUACCUGCACCAGCAAUGGGACAAAAAGAAUGCCGCCAAGAAGAGAGACCAAGAGCAGGUGGAGGCGGAGGGUGAGAGCUCAGCGCCGCCCCGCAAGGUGGCCCGAACCGACAGCCCCGACAUGCCUGAGGACACCUAGGCCCCGCGCAGCGCCCCGCGUCUGUCAGCUCUGUCCACACUCGCCCCCGUGUGUAAGCGCAGCCCGCCUCCUACACCCAGCCCGCGCCCUCCAACCUCAUAGGACCCAUGUAUUUAUUUUCCUUGAGUUUUUAUUUAUGCUGUAACUCGUGUCAAGCAUUGGUUAAAGGGACUUCAGGCCCUGCCGCGAGGGAUCGCCAGACACGGUGGUGUGCCGCACCUGGCCACCCACCAGCCAGACCACGCCAGGAUCCAGAGCCCAGGGCGGCCUGGUCCCCAACACACCGAGGGGCCUUCUCGCUCCUUCCCACCCACAGGCCCGGCUGGGUCACGGGACCCCCGGGGCCCACCCGUGCUCAGGCCUCACUCAGAGCCCAUGCCAAGGCAGGAGAGAGCCGGCCCUUCUGGAUCUUUCUCUUGAGUCAUUUAUCAUGGACUAGCCCGUGCUCCGCGUCCACCCCAAUAAAAGGAUCUUUCCUACUA